CAGCAGCAGAGGCGAGGAGCGGAUUCCCAACUAGGGGUCGGCUGUGCUGUCAGCGGUGUCUCACGGGCUCGUAUGUGCGCGGUGCUGGAACUCUCCAGCGUUGGGGCCCCGACACUUUAAUGGGACCCCGAGAGCCGAACAGGAGUUCUCCGUUUUUUCGCCACAAUCGUCGCUCCCCGGCCAUGCCACGAUGCUGAUAAUACCUCUGCUGGUGUUGCUGAGCCUUUUGGAUCCCGUUAUAUCUCGGGCCCACUGCGCCCCUGGGCAUUCUUGCGACCCCCGGCAGCGGAGGGACGCCGGGGGCCGCGGAGGAGUGUACGAACACCUCGGAGGAGCCCCGAGACGCAGGAAACUCUACUGUGCUACUAAAUAUCAUUUACAGAUCCAUCCUAAUGGGAAAAUAGAUGGAUCACUGGAGGAAAACAACCCACUAAGCAUCAUGGAAAUCACAGCAGUGGAUGUGGGUGUCGUGGCCAUAAAAGGGCUUUUCUCUGGCAGAUAUCUGGCCAUGAAUGAUAAAGGCCGGCUCUAUGCCUCGGAAGUGUUCAACAAAGAGUGUGAGUUUGUAGAGCGGAUUCAUGAGUUGGGGUACAACACCUAUGCGUCCCGCCACCACUCCACUGAGCAGCCACUGCCACCAGGGGGAGGCAGCAGCAACAAGCGGCGAGCCAGCGCCAAACGCCAGUGGUACGUUUCCAUUAACGGCAAAGGUCGGCCACGGCGAGGCUUUAAAACACGAAGCACAGACAAAGCCUCCCUUUUCCUGCCUCGGGUGCUGGGCAACAAGGACCAUGAGAUGGUGAGGCGCCUGAGAGACAGUCAGAAUGCACAGCACCACACACAUCACCACGGAGGCCGCAGUGAACGUCGAAGACGCCGGCAUCGUGCCAGGAAAGGCCGGGGCCAACAGCGAGGUGACUGAGCUAAAGGGGAGAGCUAUGGUCCUCUGACUCAUGGACCCCUGACCUCGGCACAUACUGUAGCUUGAUUGCAAUGGACAAUGUGGAAAAACUGUUUGGAUGCUGCCUUCUGGAUUAGCGGACGUUUUUGUCAUUGAUGCACUAAGAACAAAUCCAUAGAAGAAGAAGAAAAGACCCUAAGGCCACCCCAAGUGGUGGGAUACAUGUAUUGAAUAUUCUAUUUUCAGGAGACACACACAAAACUGUAUAAUCUUCUAAUUACUGAUGUCUCACUUCUUCAAAAUGCUACUGUCUUGUAAAAUAUGUAUUAAUAUAGUUGAAAACUUCAAUCUUAUUUUGUAAAAAGUUCUUCUUUUGUACAAGCAUUUUACCAUCAACUUCACACAGAGCUAAAAACUUUUCAAACAUGGUUCUAUUAUUCUAAAUACAGUACGCAUGUACAGUGACUCUGUAGCUUUUCACUUGUCAAAAGCUAAAAUGGCAAACAGUAUACUGUAUAUUUUGCUAUUCUGAAGUGCUAACAAACAUGUCGGAUAUUGAAGAGAGGACUUUACACAGCAAAGCACUUUUUUUCAGAAUCACAUUAAGAGGCAAAGCGAAAAUCAGUGUGAGAUGGGAUCUGGUGUGACAUUUUUACAAUGUGAUAGUCUACUGUCUGUAAACUGAAAGUACUUUGUAUAUUUUACUAAUGAUAUGAAUAUUUAUUUGGUGCCUGUGUUGUAAGUUAUUGAUAAGACUAUUUCUUGCAUUUUACCAGUGUUGCUAUUUGUUUCAUAGUUUUCACUCACCACCUGGUUCCAACAUAAAACACAUAUUGACACAAGGAAACAAGUGGCCCAUAUGUUCCAACUUUUCUAUUUGUUUCCACAGGCAAAGUUUAUCUUCACAGACCUUGAGUCUUGUUUCCUCUUUCAAAGUGUUUUCUGGUUUAGUCACGAGGUAAAUGCAGCUGUGGAACACUGAACCCGUGUGUGUAUGUCAGUGACUUCUUAAUGUAAGAUCUCAAUUAUGACUUGGAAUUAUGGACUUCCAUGUUAAAAUACUGAAAAGGAUGUUUUACAUCACAGUU